CCGUUACCACCAUGAAGCCUUAUUCUGCGAAAGCCCUAAUUCUGAUAAAUGUUCCAUUGUUUCUUCUAUUGGUGCUUCAUUCUUCUUGCCAUUCUCUUCAUAGAAUAACCCCAAGCCAGCCCCUCAAAGACGGCGAUGUUUUGCUCUCAAAUGGAGGAGCCUUUGCCCUCGGUUUUUUCACUCCUAGCAACAAUUCAAGAAAGCGCUAUGUUGGAAUAUGGUUUGCAAGAUCCUCUAAACCAGUUGUUGUGUGGGUUGCUAAUAGACAGACUCCUCUCAAUAAUACUUUUGGAGUUUUGUCCAUUGAUGUCCAUGGGAACAUCGUUCUCGUUUACAAUGAUACUAAUCUAAAUAGAAAUGCCCCCAUUUGGUCUUCCAGUGUUUCUUUCUCAUCUUUUAGUCACACCUUUGCCGAGCUUCAGGACACUGGAAACUUGGUUUUAAUCAGGAAUAAAGGGAGGCCAAUAUGGCAGAGCUUUGACUACCCUGGUGACACGAUGCUUCCGUUCAUGAAAAUUGGGGUGGACCUGAGAACUGGUUUUAAUUGGUCCAUGACAUCAUGGAAAUCCCCAGACGACCCAGCAAUGGGGGACGUGACUCACAUAAUUGACCCAAUAGGUUAUCCUCAACUGUUCUCGCUUAAAAAUGGAGCUCCAUUUUGGCGAGGUGGGUCUUGGACGGGUCAGAGAUUUAGUGGAAUACCACAAAUGACGCCCAACUUCAUCUUCAACGUCACUUAUAUUGACAAUGCCACUGAAGUUAGCACUGAGACCCGAGUCAUGGACCCUUCAAUAUUCUUAAUAACGUUGCUAGACAACACUGGCCAUGUGACACGAACUAUUUGGCGAGCUAAGGAGAAUAAUUGGCUCCAAGUUUGGUAUGGUCCGACGGAGGACUGUGACCACUAUUGUUGGUGUGGGUCGAAUAGUAAGUGUGACCCAUAUAAUAUGAACAAGUUUGAGUGUGUGUGCUUGCCCGGAUUCGAACCCAUGAACCCAUAUGAGUGGAAUAUGAAAAAUGGGUCAAGUGGGUGUGUGAGGAAGAAGAAUGUGUCCACGUGUCGUAGCGGGGAGGGGUUUGUGAAAGUGGCACAUGUGAAGGUGCCAGAUACAUCAAAGGCACGUGUGGAUAAGAGCGAGAGUAUGAACUUGAAAAGUUGUGAGGAAAAGUGCCUGAGGGAUUGUUCGUGUGUAGCGUAUACGAAUGCGGAUGAGGUCAAAGAAAGUGGGUGUUUGACAUGGCAUGAUGAUAUGGAAGACAUCAGAACAUUCGAAAAUGUGGGCCAAGAUUUGUAUGUGCGUGUGGAUGCAAAUGAAUUGGCUAGAUAUGAAAGGAAGCAUUAUGGUUCUCUUGGCAAGAAGGGGAUGAUGACCCUCAUAGUUAUUUCUAUUUGCUUGAUAACAUUCUUGGUCAUCUCUUUCUUAUGUUGGUUUGUAAUAAAGAACAGGAAUCAAGCAAAAGGAAUGCACGGAGAAUAUUUAUUUGACGGAGAAGACAAUUCCAAUUUAACUCUAUUUGACCUAAAGGACAUAAUUGAGGCAACAAACAAUUUCGCAGACGCUAAUAUGCUUGGAAAAGGUGGCUUUGGUUCAGUAUAUAAGGGUCUACUUAAAGAUGGAAUGGAAAUAGCAGUUAAGAGGCUAUCAAAGUAUUCUGGACAAGGCAUCGAAGAAUUCAGGAAUGAGGUUACUUUAAUUGCAAAGCUCCAACAUAGAAAUCUUGUAAGGAUCUUAGGUUGUUGCAUAGAUGGAGAACAGAAGAUGUUGAUAUAUGAAUAUUUGCCAAACAAAAGCUUGGACUCCUUCAUAUUUGAUUUCGGUAUGGCAAGAAUAUUUGGUGGUGACCAAACUGAAGCAAACACAAACCGUGUUGUUGGAACUUAUGGUUAUAUGUCGCCAGAAUAUGCAAUGGAAGGAAUUUUUUCAAUAAAAUCAGAUGCGUACAGUUUUGGAGUUUUACUUUUGGAGAUUGUUACUAGUAGAAAGAAUAGUGGUCAUUAUGAUGACAUUACUUCUACUUUGGUUGGACAUAUUUGGAAUCUUUGGAGAGAAAGCAGAGCUAUGGAGAUUAUUGAUCCAUCGUUAGUAGGUGAUCCAUGCCUUGAACAUGAAGUUCUCAAAUGCAUUCAUGUUGGACUUUUAUGUGUGCAAGAAUAUCCAACAGAUAGGCCUACCAUGUCAGAAGUUGUUUUCAUGUUGGAUAAUGACUCAACUCUUCCUCAUCCAAAGCAACCAGCAUUUCUUUUCAAGAAAACUAAUUGUGAUGAUUCAAAUCCGUCAAUCAGUGAAGGAGUUAAUUCAGUUAAUGAGAUGAGUACUACUGUGAUUGAAGCUCGCUGAAAAUCAUCACUCUCUUAUAAUUGGUAAUGCUCUUCCAAUGCUAUGAUAUACUUGUGAUGAAGUGAUGGAUAUAUUUUACGAUUUUUAAAACAUUGUGAAUGAUAAUAAUGCAUAUAUGUUUUUGCAUUGAA